AGGAUGGUGGGCUCUUAUGUCUUGUGGCUGGCCUUGGCCUCCUGCACUCUGACCCUGACAUCUACAGAACAGCAAGGUGACAGAAACCUCACCAACAGUAGGUCCUAUGACCCCUGCGAGAAUUACGUCCGCCUGGACGAACCCUCCCGAAGCACAGAGAACACGAGAGAAGGCGACAUGUGUGACAGGGACAAGAGUGGCUGGUACCGCUUUGUGGGAGAUGGAGGAACAAAGAUGCCAGAGACCUGUGUCCCAAUACAACGCUGCCAGACACAUGCUCCUAUGUGGCUGAAUGGGACCCACCCCACACUCAGGGAGGGCACAGUCACCCGCACAGCUUGUGCCCACUGGAGCGGCAACUGCUGUCUCUGGAAAACCCAGGUGCUGGUGAAGGCCUGCCCGGGCGAGUUCUACGUAUACCAGCUGGAGGGCACCCCCAACUGUAACCUCAGAUACUGCACAGACCCCUCCACUGCCAAGGACAGGUGUGAGAAGGCCUGCCGCCCAGAGGAGGAGUGCCGCUUUCUUAAUGGCACGUGGGACUGUUUCUGCAGACAGGAUCUCAACAGCUCUGAUGUUCACAGUUUGCAGCCUCAGCUGGACUGUGGGGCCAAAGAGAUCAAGGUGUCAGUGGACAAGUGUCUGCUGGAAGGCCUAGGUUUUGGAGACGAGGUCAUUGGCUACCUGCACGAUGGGAACUGCAGCAGUACCAUGCAAAGACAGGAAAGAAACUGGGUAUCUGUGACUAGCCCAACCCAGGCUUGGGCCUGCGGAAACAUCCUGGAGAGAAAUGGAACCCAUGCCAUCUACAAAAACACCCUCUCCUUGGUCAAUGCUUUCAUCAUCAGAGACACCAUCCUCAACAUCAAUUUCCAGUGUGCCUACCCACUGGACAUGAAAGUCAGCCUCCAAACUGCCCUGAGUCCCAUUGUAAGUUCUCUGAAUGUCAGUAUGGAUGGGGCAGGAGAGUUCACUGUCAGGAUGGCCCUGUUCCAAGACUCGAACUACACAUCUCCUUACGAAGGGGCUGCAGCUGUGCUGGAUGUUGAAUCCAUGCUCUAUGUGGGCGCCAUCUUGGAGAGAGGGGACACCUCCCGGUUUAACCUGUUGUUGAGGAACUGCUACGCCACGCCCACUAAAGACAAGACUGACCCUGUGAAAUAUUUCAUUAUCAGAAACAGCUGUCCAAAUCAACGCGAUUCCACCAUCUAUGUGGAGGAGAAUGGGGUGUCCUCAGAAAGUCGAUUUUCAGUUCAGAUGUUCAUGUUUGCUGGAAAUUAUGACCUAGUUUUCCUGCAUUGUGAGAUUCAUCUCUGCGAUUCUCUUAAUGAACAGUGCGAGCCGUCUUGCUCAAGAAGUCACCUCCGUAGUGAAGUAGUGGCUAUUAACCCAGCCCAGGUUCUAGAUUUGGGACCCAUCACUCGGAAAGGUGCUCCAUCUCUCAGUGUCAUGAAUGGAACCCCCAGCACUGCAGGGUUCCUGGUGGCCUGGCCCAUGCUUCUCCUGCCCAUCCUUCUGGCUGAGCUGUUCUGA